UUCUGACGCUGCAGCCUUUGAAAUGGCGUCGGUGCAGUCAAAUAGCGCCGUUACUUGUCGGUGUUGAGCUCGUGUGGGUCGCUUCAGGUGCUGGUUUCCUGCUCCAGUGUGAACCUCUGGCUCUGGCCUUUAUACUCGGCUAUUACAGAGUUGAUAAACAAAAAAUGUGGUGAAGCAAAUUGUCAAUAAUUGACGUUGCAUAAUAAGGCCGCAGCUAACCCCGGGCUUGCGUAGGGAUUACGGCGGCUUUUGGAUGCUUGGCCCUGCCGCAGCUCGAUGUCGGUUUCCCGGUGAAUCCUGGUGGACAUGUGUAGUUAAAUCAGGAAUCUGGUGCUGAAGUGGCCGGCUUACAGUUCAGAUCUACAGCAACAGUACAAUUCGUUAUGAAUUAAGUCUUUAAAUUGUUAAACAGCCACAACUCUCUUAAUUCAAAUUUGAAAUCCUCAGAAAUAAUAAUUGAUUGUUGGUACUCACACAUAUACACUUGAUAUGGCAUCAGUGCCAGUGUACUGCUUGUGUCGCCUGCCAUACGAUGUGACACGCUUCAUGAUCGAGUGUGACAUUUGUCAAGACUGGUUCCAUGGAAGCUGUGUCGGGGUUGAGGAGGACAAAGCAGCUGAGAUUGACCUGUAUCACUGUCCCAACUGUCAAGUCAGCCAUGGGCCGUCUGUCAUGCGCAAACGCCGUGGAGGCAACAAGCAGACAGAGAGUGGUGCUACUGGAGGGAGAGAUCCAAGUCGGCCCGUUAAGACCGGCAGUUCACAGUUUGUUAGGGAGCUACGGAGCCGCACCUUCCCAAAUGCGGAUGAAGUCUUGCUAAAGCCUACUGGGGCCCAGCUGACAGUGGAAUUUCUAGAAGAGCAUUCAUUCAGUGUUCCUGUCAUGGUGCUGAGACGGGAUGGCUUAGGCAUGACCCUUCCCCCAGCAUCAUUCGGCGUCAGUGAUGUAGAGCACUACAUUGGACCAGACAAAGAGAUUGAUGUAAUAGAUGUGUCGCGACAAAGUGACAUGAAGAUGAAGUUGGGAGAAUUCGCUGAAUAUUACAACAGCCCCAACAGAGAGAGAGUGCUAAAUGUCAUCAGCCUGGAGUUCUCUGAGACCAGGCUUUCAAACUUGGUGGAGACUCCAAAGAUUGUCAGGAAACUGUCGUGGGUGGAAAACCUCUGGCCUGAGGAGUCUGUGUUUGAACGCCCCAAUGUGCAGAAGUACUGCCUAAUGGGAGUGAAGGAUAGCUACACAGACUUCCACAUUGACUUUGGGGGAACCUCAGUAUGGUACCAUGUCCUCAGGGGCGAGAAAAUCUUCUACCUAAUUUCCCCCACUCCUGCCAACCUUGCGCUUUUUGAGCGGUGGAGUUCUUCAUCUAACCAGAAUGAGAUGUUCUUUGGAGACCAGGUUGAUAUGUGCUAUAGGUGUUCAGUUAAACAAGGAAACACCUUGUUCAUACCAACAGGGUGGAUUCAUUCUGUCCUGACUCCAGUGGACUGCCUGGCCUUUGGAGGAAACUUCUUGCAUAGCCUUAACAUUGAAAUGCAGCUCCGAGCAUAUGAAAUAGAAAAGAGAUUAAGCACAGCAGAUUUGUUCCGAUUUCCCAACUUUGAGACUGUGUGCUGGUAUGUGGGAAAACAUCUUCUUGAUACCUUCAGAGGCUUGAGAGAAAAUCGCAGACACCCAGCCACAUAUCUGGUUCAUGGAGCUAAGGCCCUGAACAAUGCCUUCCGCGGCUGGACCCGAAAAGAGGCUAUAGCAGGACAUGAGGUUGAGAUUCCAGAAACCAUCAACACUCAGACACUAGUGAAGGACCUGGCCAAGGAGAUUCGUCUGGUUGAGGAUAUCUUCCAGCAAAACAUUGGUCGCACUGGACCUCAGUUUCCUGGUUCACCAGUCUCGAAAGCUCCCCUGACCCCCUCUCAGAAUUCAGUACGCCCCCCUGGAAAAAAGAAAACACCCAAGCCUAAAGAAGUGAUUGGGGGCAUUGCGUCCCCAGGAACCAAGAAGAAGAGUCAAAAGGGGCUGCUUAAAGCAGAAGCAGGAGAACUGGACCUCAUUGAGAUCCACACCAAACAUACACUCAAGAAGUUCCACACUGGCAAAUCCAAAAACAAAAACAAGUUGAAUUUUCCAUUGGAAGAACUUGAAGGGAAGCUAAAAAAAAGCAAACUAAAACUUGUGCUGUCUAAUGGAAAAAUCCAAGGUAAGAAGGUUGGCAGUAAUGGUGCAGGAGGUGCGGCAAAGUUCAAACAUCUUGCCUUGGAGGGAUCCAGUCUGUCUGACCUGGAGUCUGAGGACGAGCUGCAGAUUGAUGAGACUCCACCUCCACGUCGGAAACCUGCAGGACCCAACAAGAAAAAGAAAAUAAGUGGUCUUCCUAGAAAGCUGCCCAGAGCCAAACCGUGCUCUGACCCCAAUCGCAUCAGAGAGCCUGGAGAAGUAGACUUUGACAUAGAGGAGGAUUACACCACAGAUGAAGAGGCACUGGCUGCUCAUGGAGUGAAAGGCGGAGCAGGGGGCAUUCUGGACUUAUUGAAGGCCAGCAAGCAAGUAGCAGGCUUGGACUCUGCAUCUCUUAGUGAGGAAGCCCCAGCCUCUCCAAGUACGCGUGAUGCCAUUCAGGGUAUGCUGUCCAUGGCCAACCCUCCAUCCUCGUCCUCAUCUUCCUCCUCUUCAUCUCCCUUAUCCAUCUCUGGAGGCCUGACCGAGGGAUUGGGGGUGGUCAAGGAAAAGGGCGGCAGGGCUGUGUGGGUGACUGGAGGGGUCAAAAAGACAGGUGUUCCUGAUAAGAAACCUGUCGUCCAGCGGCCUGGGAAACGGCCAAUUAAACGUCCAGCGCGUCACUUUAGUGAUGAGGAGAGUCCAGAUGAGCAAGAAGCUCUGGGAACGUGUUUUAGAGAUGCUGAGUAUGUUUACCCAUCCUUGGAGUCUGAUGAGGAGGACCGUGCUAACAAGGCUAAGGCAAAGCGCAAGAAAAACUGGGAUGAUACACCUUGGAGCCCUAAAGCCAGAGUGAUGCCCACCCUUCCCAAACAGGAGCGGCCAGCCAGGGACGGGGCUAGAGUUGCAUCUGUAGAAACUGGUCUUGCCGCUGCUGCUGCCAAGCUGGCACAACAAGAACAGAAAAAGCCUGCUAAAAGGAAGUACAGCAAAAAAACGCGUCCUCCUGCUCCAGUAGUUGCUCCUCCUCCCCCUGUUGAGCCUGAGCCAGCCCCAGCCUCUCCAUCACCUGCUCCAGAGUCUACAGCAGACUUCAGCCCAGAAAGGAGAAUGGAUUACUACUCUGCUAGUCUGAUGGACCAUGAAUACACAGCAGGACCAGGACCUUUUGGCCCUGGAGGCCCUAGAGGCAGUGGAGCCAUGGCCCCUGGUGUGUUCCUCACAUCUCGACGCACUUCCCUGUCUCCGCAGAACAGCAGCUCUCACUCUGGUGCGUCUCCUGCAAGUUCGGCCAGCAUUGGCACAACAGGAGUUGGUCAAGGGAGACGCCCAAAGAAAGGACUUGCUACUGCAAAACAGAGACUUGGAAAGAUUUUGAAAAUUCAUCGCAACGGCAAACUACUCUUGUGAGAGAUGUUGGAAACGUGGCCGAAAAGAUGUUGGAAAUAUGGGAAUCAAGAGAAAUGAUUUUGUGGAAGUAGGUCUGAAGGAAAUAGAAAUAGUAAUCUAUAUUUUCUACUCUAGAUACAUUUGUUUACUGUUUUCACCUGUUAAUUGAACCCCACUAUAAUUUUGUCCUACACCAAGUAGCACAAUUAGCAGUCUGUUUUGGCACUUCACCUACCAAUAUCUUCAUUAAGAUAUUUUCAGAGGCAUAUCUGUUACCUAAAACAGAUCACUGUAAUGCCCUAGAUAUACACUUACUCUGGUAAAUAACUUUUUUAAUUUUCACACAUUUGACGAGGAAAUUCUGAAAAGUGUUUCAAAAUGACAGGUGGACAUCGAUUUAACUAGCUAGAUAAACUAGCAUAAUAAAUAUAGACUGAAUAGUUUCUUUUGCUUAUAUCGUUUGCCAUUUUUAGAGGCUGUAUUUAUGCAAAUACAUUGUACUGUCCAUCUUCAUUUUUUUUUAAUCGAAAGAAAAACAACACAUUGUCUAGUCAGGUAAAAAUUACCCCAAUCCCACAAAAACAAUGACAGCCAUGCAGCUGUAAUAUUAUAUUUACUUAAUUUUACCUCAUAAAUCCAUGUGCGGUAUGGUAAUCACAGCAUGCCAACCUUUUACAAACAAUGAACAGACCUAAUAUGCACUUGGUCAGCAUUCAGUAUGAAACUGCGAUUAAAUGAAAAUGUAUUAAUUUUACAAAUUUCUCACUGGCCCCGCUCAGACCUGGUAUUUACAUUGAUCCUGAGAGAUCCAAUCAAAAGUGUGUUUGAGUGCGUGUCUCCUAUAUGUUUGAUGAGAUUUUACCCAUUUGAAAAAAAUAAUAAACAUGUGGUCAGUGUUUAUACUCUGGCCACAAACAAAUCAAUGUAUGGGAAACAGGAGAGGUGUAAAAAUACUUUUGGUUCUUAUUAGUGCAGAUCAGAGGAUGUCAACUGAGUAGUUGAACUUUACAAGUGGCCCAGGGCAAACUUGUGUUCACACAGCUGAAAGAAUGUGGCCACAAUGUCCCAGACCACUUUCAAAUUUGGUCUGAAUGACUGGGUCUCAAGUGUGUCCUUAAUCUGUUUUGUAUUUGGUUGCUUUCACACCUGUACUAAAAGCUGUUCACUUAUAAUUGGAUCCCUCACUUCAGACAUUAAUACCAGGUCUCAGUGGGGUCACUGUUAUUUGCAAUCUAAUUUUCCUCAACUGUUGCUCUACACCUAAAAUAUUAAGCCGGCAAUGUGAUACAGUUCUAUUUAUUCUGAUCAUAUUUAACAAGACAAUGCUUUGUCGCCUCCUAGCCUGUUUUACUGUCGAAUGUUUGUACCACCUCAUCUUCUUGCACCCCACUUUUGUUAUUUUCAACCAUUUAAUACCUGUAAAAAAAAACUAUAGUCAUGGAUUUGUUACAAUUUUUUACAGUUUAAGUUGUCAUUGUAAAUAUUUGUAAUAUUUGUAAUUUAUAUAGCUACAUUGGAAAAGCUGAAGAGACUAGUCUGCUGCAGGUUGCCAUAAUCUGUGCCCCAAGUAUUGGCAUCAUUCUCGGACCAGACAUAGACAUGUGCUUUCUUUCCACAGAAUGUACUAGUAAUAAAAUGUUGGCAGAAAUGUAGAUUUAACUGUGUGAAAACAUUGUGAAGGUGCGAAAUAUCAAUUCUUAUGUAAAUAUAUGUUGUAAUUUAAGUUCUUUUAUAGUUCAAACAGUUUGAAAUCUUUCUUAACAUAACUUGUACAUGAUACAUUGCUGUAUUUGGAAAAUAUCUGAAAUAGUUCAUUUUUUAUAUUUGUAUGCAGUAAAUGUCACGCUUAGUUUGUCAUGUCUUGUUAGUAUAUUAUUGGAAGUGUUCUCGAUAAAAAUGCCCUUGUUAAAUUUCAUCAAUUUAGUUUUAUAUGAACUGUUAAUGUUCACUCUUGUGUUGAUGUGUACUUUGUGUUUUAAACAUGUUUUUAAAUACGACCUGGAAAAGAUAAAAUACACGUUGGGCAAAACUUUCUUUCUUCAUUGAUUUUAUUUGAGGAACACCGAGUCACAAGAAGUGUGAUUUGUGGCCCAAAUUAAUAUUACACAUCAGUUUAGUAACUAGAGAACACAGUUUCCAACUUUCCUGCAAACCUGAUGAAUGGGGAGGUUAUACAGAUACAAUCCAGAUUAUCAGGUUGUAUUUAACACAUUUAUAGUUAAUUCUGUCCACUGAAAGUAGGACAGCUGUUGACUACAGUUUUUCUCAGUGUUUUUUUGUUGGAAUUACUGUACUAUUAUUUUGACGUAAACCAUUUCAACAUUGCACUUCUAAAUACAUAUA